CUCUCUCUCUCUCUCUCUCUCUCUCUCUCUCUCUCUAACGAGAGGGAGCAGAUCAUGACCACCAACUGCUGGCUCACUCAGGUCUGGAAUGACUACAGGUUAAUGUGGGACCCCGAGGAAUAUGAGGGCAUCAAGAAGGUUCGCCUUCCGUCACAACAUAUCUGGCUGCCAGACAUCGUCCUUUACAACAAUGCUGACGGUACCUAUGAGGUCUCCUUCUAUUCCAAUGCCGUGGUCUCCAACAACGGUGAGGUGGCCUGGCUCCCUCCGGCCAUCUACAAGUCAGCCUGUAAGAUCGAAGUCCGCGACUUCCCCUUUGACCAGCAGAACUGCACCCUAAAGUUCCGCUCGUGGACGUACGACCACACCGAGAUCGACCUCAUUCUCCUCAGCGACUACGCCAGCCGCGACGACUUCAAGCCCAGUGGUGAGUGGGACAUUGUCUCGCUGCCCGGGCGCAAGAACGAAGACCCUGGCGAUAUCACGUACCUCGAUAUCACCUACGACUUCAUCAUCAGGAGGAAACCGCUGUUCUACACCAUCAACCUGAUCAUCCCCUGCGUUCUGAUCACCUCCCUGGCCAUCCUGGUGUUCUACCUCCCGUCAGACUGCGGUGAGAAGAUGACCCUCUGCAUCUCCGUCCUCCUGGCCCUCACUGUCUUCUUGCUCCUGAUCUCAAAAAUCGUGCCACCCACAUCCUUAGCAGUGCCUCUGAUCGGGAAGUACUUGAUGUUCACCAUGGUGCUGGUCACCUUCUCCAUCGUCACCAGUGUGUGUGUGCUCAACGUGCACCACCGCUCCCCCAGCACGCACACCAUGCCGCCCUGGGUCAAGCGCGUCUUCCUCUACCAGCUCCCCUGCUACCUUUUCAUGCGGCGGCCCGGGAGCUCCAACAUCCGAGAGAGGUUCCGGAAAAAGCACCAACAGCGGUCGUACUCGGACCUGAAGCAGCGGGGGGCGGAUGGGUCGUUGGCGACUGGCGGGGCAGCGAGCUCCGGGGGGAUGGCAGACUCCACCUCCUCCUCUUCCUCCUUCUACGUGAACGAGGAGUCGGCUAAGCGCUACGGCUGGAAGAUCAGCGACCUGUCGGAGAACACAGAGUUCAGGAAGAGGAUGACGCUCAAGUGUAACAUCAACGUGGAGGAGGCGGUUGACGGAGUGCGUUACAUCGCCGAGAAGAUGAAGAGUGAGGAUGAUGACGAAGGGAUCAUUGAGGACUGGAAGUACGUGGCUAUGGUGAUCGACCGUCUCUUCCUGUGGAUCUUCGUGCUGGUGUGUGUCGUCGGGACGGUGGGCCUCUUCAUGCAGCCGCUGUUUCAGAGUUACAACAUCCCUAUUGUUGACGACAUGGAGCAGCACUGA